UUGGCGCGAAAAGUUGAAAUUGGCGCCAGAAACUCAAACCCUAACCUUUGUAAAGCCAAUACUGAAUCUCAUUUUCAACAAACAUUUUUCGCAUCGAUCAUAAUCAAAUCAAAUCAAAUCAAAUCACUCUUCAAUUUACCAUCAAUCGAUAUCAUUUUCGUCGAAUCACAUCAACUGAUCGGAAAAUCUAAAACCUAACUUUUCGAUGGAGAAUUUAUCGAUCAUAUGCGGCGGUUUAGGUACGAUUGAAGAGGAUAAUGACCAGAAUCAGAUCGGGUACACUCCAGGAGAAUAUUGUUUAGAUAAUCUGAAGGAUUUGCUGAGGUUUUUAAGGCGAGAUGAUCCGGAGACUCGUGAAGUGUUUAAACAAGUUUGUAAAUGGAAUAUAGUGGGGAAAGAUAUAUUGCAAAUUAUUCAGUAUUGUCAGAAUGAUACUAGUUUGGUGCUAAAUGCAGUGAAAGUUUUGGUGUUUCUUACAAUGCCAGUUGAUCCAACAUCUAAAGAUAUACCACAACAGAUCGAAUAUCUCUGGGGUUUGAAGUCCUUGAUAACUUCCAGUCAUGCUAUCCCAGUGAUAGUCACCCUUCUUGAGAGCCCACUUGAACAUCUGGAAGGGGAUUUGUUUACGGAUGAUGACUGGAAAUUGGUGCAGCUGGUAGUCACCUUAUUUCGCAACAUUUUAGCUGUUCAAGACAUCACAUCGCAGCAGAGAGCUGCUGGAUUAGCUUCUGAAUUUAUACUUCUUAGAGAUAGGUUCUUAGAACUGUUGUUUGAAGAGAAUGUGAUGGACUUAAUCUUAGUUUUAACGCAGCAUGUUGGUGGGUCAAGUUGUAUCUUUCGUCAAGAUAACUUGCUUUUGUUGGAGACUUUUUACUAUAUAUACAAGGGUCAAGUUCCAGAAUUGAUUGCAAGAGCUCAUUUGGAUGCCAACGUUGAGGUGGUGGGAGAAGCAGAAGCUACUGCCACUGAUCUCAAGUCUAUUAUGGAAGAGGAAAAAGCAAAAAGAAGGCAAACAAUGCAUUUGGUUGCUCGAUCGAAGUUUAGCGGAUCAUUUACUCGAGUUACUAUGGAUGGUUCCAAAGUUUUAGUCAAGGGAAAUCCAUGUUCAGAUUCUCAUGAUUCUUUGCUUAAAGGUCACAAAAAUCCACAUGCUUCAUCUAAGAAGACGGUAUGGGAAAGCGGAAGAAUGCCAACAACAAACAAGAAUAUCGUACGGCUGCUCUAUGAUUAUACUGAUCAGUUUCUGUUAGGAGGUUAUAACGUGUUAAUGCGGUCGGUUCGUGAGGAUAUUGAGAAAGAACACCAUGGUAUUGAAAACAACGAUGUUGUUAUUUUCUUUCAGGUUGCAGAAUUUGUCAUGUCUUUCCAAAAUCAUAAGUUACUUAGUUCAAAGCCUGAUGUUAAUGCUAGUAAAUCUGAGUCUUCUAGAAACCAUGAUGCUGAUAGCACACUGUUUAAAGGAAACAUAUGUGGGUCAAUUUCUGAAACAAUGAACGAGUCAAUGUUUCUACUUGUAAUAUCUAAAUGGCGUUCUGCAUUUGAGGGCUUGAAAGAGACUAACAAUUACAGCUUUCUUUCUGCAGCCGGAUCUCUCACAAAAACAAUGAUACACAUGUUAGAUUUGGUACUUAAGCUGUCACCAGAAGAUUCCAAAGAACCUCAAACUGCCCGUGUUCUUCUCUAUAAGUUAUUUUACGAUCAGACAGAUCAAGGGAUGACCCAUUUUCUUUUCAGUCUGAUCAAAGCAUUUAAUGCACACAAACAACCAAAAAGCGACCUUGCUGAUUUGGUAGAGACAAUUCAUAUAGUCAUACGGCUAAUGGAGAACCUUCAAUCACGCGGUACAUUGAGGGUUGCUAAGAAGGCAAGGAGGAAAAGAAAGAAGAAAAGUGUAACCACAAGUAAGGAUGCUAAUAAUGCCGAUCAAGUGACUGUUCAAAAGGAUGAUUCAGUUUCUGGGGCUGAAAAAACUGAAAAUGUGAGCACGUCAAUAAAAGAAAUGCCUCAAGGUUCAAGUGCUGAUAAGAAUGGAGAGAAUGAUGUCGUCUAUGGAGAUGAUGGUGUCGUCCAUGGAGAUGAUGGUGUCAUUCCUGAAAAGUCUGAUCAACCUGAUGCAGCUAAUCUGGAAGCUCAAGAUACCGAACACAAUAUGCAACAGAUGGAAAACAAGUCUGAAAACACUAAUGCUACUGCUAAUGAUAAUGAUAAUGAUGAUUCUAUGUCAGAUGCUUCUUCUGAUGAUGAACAGCAAGAGUCAACAAAUGAAGUUGACUUUAAGGCAUCUUCAUUGGUCUCUUCUCUUGCAAACAGUACCAUAAUCCAGAACUUGUGUUGGCUGCUGAAGUUUUACAAAAGCAAUUCCGCCAGAACCAAUCAUUACAUUAUAAGUGCACUAAGAAGGGUUUGUGAAGAUCUUGAACUUUCUCCAAUGCUGUACCAGUUAUCGCUUCUCAUCAUAUUUCACACUAUCCUGGAAGAGCAGAAGUUAAGUCCAUGCAAAGAAUACGAUAACAUUAUUUCAUUCCUUACAAGUUUGGUUAGGGGAAUGCUGAAAAAAAUGAAGAGCUACCCUCUUCUUUUUGUGGAAGUCCUGUUUUGGAAGACACGUAAAGAAUGCCAUUAUAUUAACUGUGACUCAAUGAUAAAAGAUCUUGGCAAAAUGAGAAAUGGGUAUAGAAAGAAGGGAGAUGAUCCCCCGCAUGCAGAUCUUGGUGAAGCUGGUACAUCUGGUAGAAGUGGAUGGGUUAGAAAAAGUAUUGCUGAUGCACUGGGAGAUGAUGAAGCAGAUGUUGUUGUACCCGUUUGGAGAGAUGAUGACCAGAGUGAGGACAAUUCCGAUGAAGCCCAGAUGCAAAGGACCUUAAAAAGAGGCAUUAAUGAAGGAAACGACACAGUGGAAGAGUUGAACAAUGAACAUCCUGUUCAGAAAAAUCAUGAGAGGGCACGUAAAAGAUUGAAGCCAUUAGUUCUCGAUGAUGCCUUGGAACAGAAACUGAAGGACCUUUAUGAGAAAUAUAAGGAGUUUCCAGAUUGCAGUCAACGCAUAGUAGGAGAACUUAAUAUGGAAGUUUCACCCGCUCAGGUUUCCAGUAAGCUUAAAGAGAUGGGGUUCAAAUUACCGUCAAAGAGAAGAGUGGGUGACACAAAUGUCUCAAGUGUUAAUGGUGAAGCCGUGGAGGCAUCAGCACAACGAAAAAGAGGACGUCUAUUUAGUGAAGAGCAAGAGAUCAAGAUUAAAACUUUAUUUGAGCAGUUCAAAGAUAAGAAAAAGUGCUGUCAAAUGAUUGCAAGUGCACUAGACGGUGAUGUUACAUUCACAGCAGCACAAGUAUCACGAAAGCUUAGACAGCUUGGCUUGCGUAUCCGGAAACAGAAGUCGGGUGAUAACAUGCACUUAAAGGAUGAUGGGUCAGAUUCAGAUGGUGAAACGCUAUUAUCACUAAAGAAAAGGAACAAAAGGAAGCAGAAUAUAGACCCAACUGAUGACACAUCAGACCAGAAUCUUGACCCACUAUCUGAUGAUUCUGAUGACAUUGUACUAAGCUCUGCAUUCAGGAGUAAAAAGAAGCAGAAUAAGGUCCUAGCUAAGGAAACACCAGAACAAAACACAGACCAACUAUCAGACGAUUCUGAUAACAUUGUACUAAGCUCAGCUUUUAGGAGCAAAAAGAAGCAAAGUAUAGUUCCAACUGAGGAAACGCUAGACCAGAAUCUUGACCAGCCAUCAGAUGAUUCUGCUGACAUCAUACUAAGCUCAGCUUUCAGGAGGAAAAAGAAGCAGAAUAAGGUUCAAACUAUGGAAACACCAGACCAAAAUUCUGGCCAACUAUCAGAUGAUUCUGAUAACAUUGUAUUAACCUCAGCCUUUAGAAAAGGAAGUAAAAGGUUGUCACUGACAAAAGCUCAAGAAAGCCGAGGUGAUUUCCAUAGUAAGAGUGAAGUAGAAACUGAAGCUAUAAAAGUUGGCAGUGGACAAGAGGAAAAUGUCAUGAUGACCGAAAACCUUGAUAACAUGCAGGAUCAUGAACUUAGUGAUGAUUUGGCUGAUGAUGUUGGGACCAAUUCAAGUCCUGUUGCGUCUCAAAGUGCUGGUGGCGGUUCAAGGCGCAAACUGAGAAUGGUCAUAGAUCCAGAUGAUGAAGAUUAAUGUGAUUGCAAGGCGUGUUUUGUCAGUAAAUUUGAGUUUGAAAAUACUUGGAAUCCUUUAAAAAGAAGGCUGUUUCUUAAUGCACAAAGGCUAAAGCCUAUCUUUUUCUUUACA